UGAGAGGCAUUUCCUGCCCUUAUCUCUGCCACUCGAGGUAUUGUCAGCGCGCUUCAGAUCUGCAGCCCGUGUUACUGCAGUGGAGAUCGCCAGAAAAGAUACCUGCAGGAACGCCCACGUGGGCCAGAGCUGGGUUCAUUGGAAGUGGGAAGAGCUUCCCAGCAAAAUGCUGUGCUUGGGAUGGGUGUCGGUCUCCAAAUAAAGGGGUUUUGGGAAGAGGGCUGUUGAUGCCCACUAUGUGGUGCUGCUGCUGGAGGGCAUUUGGGGCAAGUCGUUGGAUUGCUUGGUGGGAUCUCUCUUAUGAUAAACUUCACAAGGUUUUGGGUUUGUACCUGCAUGGAACUGAAACAUUAUUAUAGCUAUUAUUAUUGUUAAUUUACUUUUGCAAUCUUGAGUUCUCAUGGGACAUAAACAGUUUUAUUUUUGUUCACGUCUAUUCCAAAACUGUCAAAAUAAGGUUUGUGGGGACUAGUGAAGCUGCCCUUGGCCUUCUCUUGGCCCUUUGCUGGAUGAAGUGACCUGCCUGUGUGCUCUGGCUGAGUUUGUUUGUUUUCAGUUUUCAAACCAAUUAUCUCAUAGAGGAAGUGGUAUGCCUCGCUGUCAGAAACGAGGUAUUUAUAGGUGAGGUCAGACCCCGGUGGAAAGUCUGUGGCAAUAUUUGAAAGGACUGGAUGUCUCUGCCUUGUGCCAUUUACUGAGAUGCAGUGGAUGUACUGCAUGGUUUGGACAUCUCCCAGCAGCUCCUCGGAGCUCUGAUAUUGUAUGUGGUUAUUUGUAGCUUGCUUCGAUUUGGUGUGGUACGCGUUCAGUGGGUCUACUUGGAAUGGAUUUGUUCAGUUCACUUGUGGCACUGACUUUAUUUCUUGUGCAUCUUUCCCUGUGGGGCUGACCCAUAAAUCUGGGGCAUGCUUCUUUCUGCUGUGGAGCAGAUGAUGGUGGCUGCCCGUGGGCCUCCUAGCUCACUGCUCUGUGGUGCUGCUGCUAAGUGAUCUCUGGUGUUGUGGUUGCACCAUGAGUCCAGGUCUGCACUAUAACUGUGCUCAUUGCUGUGAGCAUGGAGGCUGUACAGCAGAACUAGAAUGGGCUACGGUGUCGUGGAGAAAAUGUCUGGGAAAAACGAUGAACACCAAACCCCGUGUUUUUAAGUAGCUGAGGUAGUUAAAGUGUAGGUAAUACCUCCCCGGGAGCCACAUCCUAUCUGUCUGCCCUUGGUUAAGACUGGAGUAAGAAGGGGCCAAUGGGGUACAAGCUAUGCUUGUGGCAGAUAGAAACCUGCCUGGGGAUGUGUCUCUCCAGAGUUGUCUAGGGAAUGAUGUCUGUGAAAUGCUAUGGAAGAACUUCUUGUUAGUUCACUUAAGCUUUGUUCUGCUCAUGAAGGAGGGCUACCCUGAACUUCAGUCGUGAAUGUACUGUAUGUUAGAACUGCUACUUAGUCAAGAGGGUUUUGCUUGGGUAUUUGAAGUGGGUGAGAGGUGGAAUCACAAAGGCCGGUGAGAAGAAACAAGUGAUGAAAAUGCAAUUAAAUGAACCUUCUUUUGAGAUGGCUUCCACCAACUUCUCAUCAGACUGCGAUGGGCCCUUCCCAGAUUGGCCCCAGGAUGCUGGUAUAGCACCAGGCAGCCACGAUCCCGAGGACCUGUGGUAGGACACCAUUUCCAGCUGGGACGUCCUCUGGCCCCUCUUUCCCAGCAGAAGCGAUGGAUGCCCACGUGGACCUCCUGACAGAACUGCAGCUGCUGGACAAGGUGCCCACGCUGGAGAGGCUGCGGGCGGCCCAGAAGCGGAGGGCUCAGCAGCUGAAAAAAUGGGCACAGUACGAGAAGGAGAUGCAGCACAAGAAGCGGAAGCAUGAAAAGAAGAGAAAUGCUGUUAACCGGAAGAAAGUGUCUUUUGAAGCCAGUGUUGCCCUGCUGGAGGCUUCUCUGAGGAAUGACUUGGAGGAAGUGUGCUACCUGCUGAAGAGCAACAUCAGCCCUGACCUGUGCAACGAGGACGGACUGACCGCGCUGCACCAGUGCUGCAUAGACAACUAUGAAGAGAUUGUUAAGCUCCUCCUCAGCCAUGGGGCCAAUGUCAAUGCCAAGGACAACGAGCUGUGGACUCCCCUGCAUGCAGCAGCCACUUGUGGUCACAUCAACCUGGUGAAGAUCCUCAUCCAGCACGGAGCAGACCUGCUGGCAGUGAACGCGGAUGGCAACAUGCCCUAUGACCUCUGUGAGGAUGAGCCAACCCUGGAUGUCAUUGAGACGUGCAUGGCCUAUCAGGGAAUUACACAGGAAAAGAUCAAUGAGAUGCGAGCCGCCCCAGAGCAGGUCAUGAUCUGUGACAUUCAUGACAUACUUGCGACUGGCCAGGACCUGAACAGGACUGAUGCUCAAGGUGCCACGCUGCUGCACAUAGCCGCAGCCAAUGGUUAUCUGCAUGCAGCUGAAGUCCUUCUUGACCAGGGGGCAAGCCUGGAUGUGAAGGACUGGGAUGGCUGGGAACCUCUUCAUGCUGCAGCUUUCUGGGGACAGAUGCAGAUGGCUGAGUUACUCGUGUCCCAUGGGGCUAGCCUGAGUGCCAGGACAUCUUUGGAUGAGAUGCCAAUAGAUCUGUGUGAGGAGGAGGAAUUCAAAGUAUUACUUCUGGAGUUGAAACACAAGCACGAUGUGAUAAUGAAGUCUCAGAUGAGGCAUAAAUCCUCCCUGAGCCGAAGAACCUCCAGCACUGGCAGCCGGGGGAAGGUGGUAAGGAGGGCCAGCCUCUCCGACCGGACAAACCUCUACAGGAAGGAGUGCGAGAAAGAGGCCAUCGUGUGGCAGCAGCUGGGGGCAGCAGAAGAAGGAAGGAACUCGGGUCUCAUUGGAGAAAUUGGAGAGACUCGGUCUGACCAGGAGAACACAGACCCCAAUUCACUGCUGGAGAGCUCUUCCCUCUUUCCGGAGUUAGCAAACAAAAGCACCCAGUGUGACUCUGAAAUCCCCCUCCAGAAUGGACUCAUGGCCUCUGCCAGCACUUACCCAUACACCUUCUCCAACGGGGAUGUGUGGAGCAUGCACGCCGACCCUGAUGGUAACCCAGGCCACGUGCUGCCCUAUGGCAGCCCUGCGCUCCCCGACGCGCAGCAGUUUUGGGGUGCCUACAAGGAGCAGGGCCACCAGACGCUCUCUGAACUGAAGCGGCAGCGGGCUGCAGCCAAGCUCCUCAACCACCCCUUCCUCAGCACUCACUUUGGCAGUGGUGCGGGGGGAGUCGCCGAGAACGGGGGCGAGGCCAAGUCGCACCUCAUUGCAUCCAGGACUUCUCCGUACAGCUCCAAUGGGACCUCAGUGUAUUACACAGUGUCCAGUGGGGAGCCGCCCCUCUUGAAAUUCAAAGCUCCCAUGGAGGAAAUGGAAGAGAAGGUGCAUGGGUGCUGCAGGAUUUCCUAGUUCCACCUUUACUCACCUCGGAGGAAACGAGAAGGGAGUGGGCUGUAGGAUCUAUCGCCACGGCCAGGUUGUUUGCAUUCCAAGGGGAGAAUCUGGUUAUGGACAUCCUGACUGAGGCAGUCUCCUUCAUCUUGAGUUGUACUUUACCCUGCUAGCUACUUCCAUUGAAGUCAAGUGAGUAAUGCAGGUGGAGCAAGGCUCUCAGGAGAGGAAGGGAUACGCAUCAAUAUAAUUUAAAAAAAAAAAAGAUGCCUACGUCUUUCUCCCUGGGUAAGAAGGUGUGGUGCACUGUCUCCCCAUCCUUGGGAAGUCAGGGGAUAGCUUGGAAAGAAGAAGUGAUCUGAAUUAAAAUCUUUGCAUCUGAGCCUCUUGCUGCUGCAAGCAACCGAGCUUCCUGUGGGUAACAGUUCAGACCUGAAUUUUCACUCUUAAGUGAUGCACGUUUCUGCAGGGAGAGGUCAGCCCUACGGGAUGUUUGCAAGUGGACAGAGCUGUUUUCCGUGCAUCUGGAUCCUGCAUCUACAGGGGCUGAGCAACAAGCAAGUGUAGAUACUACAUGUAGAUACUAUACUUGCAGUAGGAAGUUUGCAGGGUGUCUCCUUGCAGUGACAGCUCACCAUCAGAAACUGCGUGCUGGCUGGGUCUUGUUCUGCUCAUCGAAACUCACGCUGCAGACUGCAUCAGGUUUAAAGCAGAACUCUUCCUGGAGCAGGCGUCACUCAGCAGGCUUUACAACUGACGUUGCAAUAAGGGGCCCUGGCAAUAGAAUUUUACUGCAAUAAAAUACUGACAAAGGUCUAUAUUGGGAUAAGUAAUUUAAAACACUUAUUUGUACUAUUUAGACUUCAAUUUGUUUAAAACUGAAAGGACUUUUGCUGAUCUCACUUUCCUAUUGAUUGUUUGUUUACUCUCUGUAUCUCUGUGCUCAGCACAGAUACUUGGGGCUGUGUGCUUUGUGUUCUGACUUUUCUGGAUUUCCAGAACCACAGGGCUUGGGAGCGGCGAAGAGGAAGGGCUUGCCUACACUAAUCCAGAAAAGCCUGAAAGCAUUUCUAAUCUCUGUAGGUGUUACCUUGUGUUAACCUAAAGUCUUUGGCUGAUGAGUAACUUAAAUCAUUGCUUUGGUAGUUGAACAUUGCAGCGGGACAGGAAACUUUUUUGCCUUUAUUUCUAGCUUCCAUGCUGAAGUCAUCAGCAUCCAUCAGAACAAGGCUUGAGUGCCUCUGUAUGUCAGGGAGUCAGCAUGCAGCACUUAGCGAAGCCUCUGCUGCAGGGAGGUGGGCACAUCAACACUGGUGUUUGAAUGCAGUUUAUGUUAAUUCAGACACACAUGAGAAACUCCUGUGUGGUAUGACGUGCAGUUUUGGUAUUGGCUUCUCCAGCAAGUGAAAGUUUCGGCAUACCUUGUGGGGGUGAAGGAAAAAUGGCCACAGUUGAGCUAACGAGUUCCAUCCGCAGGAGCAGUUGUUUGUAAACGUUCAACCCUCUUUCUGCACAGAGGAGCUAUUGCACACAUCAGUGUUUGCCUGCAUGACUAUGAGUAGCCUUGAGCAGCUGAAAUCCCGAGUUGAGCACAGCCUGUCUGGGUCUCUGUAAGCCAGCAGUGGAUUGAAUCCUGCUUGCAGAGGUGCUGUUGUGCUUCAGCCAAGCAACAGAGAAUGCAUCUUCCACCCAUCAGCCUUUUAGCUGCAGUUGUUAGACAUCAGUGUAACAUUCCUCCCCUCCACAGCUUUAGGAGCAAACUGGAAAAUUGCAGCAGUUGGUCUGACAUCUUUUUUUCUUUCUUUUUUCUUUUUUUUUUUUUUGUAACUUCCAUUCAGUUAAAGGCAAAGGGAUUCUUUGUAUGUUUGAAACAGAGAAGUUGGGCUUUUUCUAACACAGCACCAGGCAGCUUGCACUGCUGAGCUCCUCUGUGACUGGAACACAUCAUAUAAGACCAGGAAAUACUUCUUGUGCUUAACUUCAAGGGAAAAUAAAAGCCACUCUCUGGUAGAAAGAGGGUAAUUUGGUAACUGGGCAGACUUUUCAGCAUCUGUGUUUCAUUAACAGUGGGUCUUCUGAUCAGCUAGAGAAAAUCCAUCUGAGAUGGUAUCGAGUGUAGCUGCGUGUCACUGUAUGGGGGAAGAUGAUCCUUCAGGUGCCUCUGCUCUCGCAUGGUGCUGGGGAUUGUCUCCUCACAUCCAUCCCCCUGAGAAUUCUGGACUGUGUACAAAUUUUUGGUGCUGCUACUCACUAGGUGCAAAAUACAUGGUGCAAAUUCAGCCCAGCUGAUGCCUUCCUUCGUUGUUGGGCCAUUCUCCUUCUCAGAGCAGUUUUGUACUAUCGAGUGUAUUGAAUCCUCUGUAACUCCAUGCAAAUGAAAAGGAGGUGCUUGAAUGCAGCGGUGCAAAGUAGUUUGAAGUUUGCUUUCUCUGAGAGCUGCUGAUAAAUAGAAGCUGUAGGAAGCCAGUCCAUUUUAGACCAAUAGAUUUUAGUUAAUUGCUAUUUCACUCUGUUUAUAUGUGAAACCCCGGGAAUUCUUAAUUCUAACUGUGAUCUUGAGCAAACCAGCAAUUGAUUUACUGUCAGGAGAAAGAUGCUACAGGUUCUAGAUUAUUCAUCAUCCCUUUAAUUAGGCUUUGUGUUGUGGCCAAUUGUAAAAUUGGCCAUAAUAAACUCUUCCAGCAUUACCACUGCAAGGUAACAUGCUCACUGAAGUCUGGUGCUGUCUGGUUGGAUGGAAUCAGUUCUCAUUUAGAUGGCACAGUCAGUAUUGAAAAAUGCUCCAGGAUUUGUUUCUUAGCCACGUCUUUAUCUUCCUCUGGCUUUGGGCUGAAGUUGCAUCAGGGUAGGAUUUGGGAGGACUGUGGAACAGUGACCUAAGGUAGAUAAGCACCUUUGUGUCAGUGACAUUCUGGAUGUAACAGUCAGUGCCUGCGGAGCACUGGCAAAUAAGCUCAGGGAAGGCUGACAGUUCUGCCUGCAGAGCUGCUGGUUGUAGGUCUGGGAUGAGUGAUUGUGUAAAACGGGUAUUCAGCCUGCUUCUGGCAGCGUGUUUUGGAGAGGCUGACUUUGGGGGGGAUUAAUAAACGUGCAGAAGUUCUUAUAUGUGCAUUGUAGGAGCUCACCUCUAGGAGCAGGGCUCUUAAUAGUAAAACUUAGCAGUGUUGUAACUGUAGUGCUUUCUGUAUCUGUGUUUGAAUAAAGGCUAUCCUAGUGCAAUGGUCUGAAGUACAUAGCAGAAGGCGCUUUGGCUAAUUCACUAGAUCUUCGUUUUGCUAAAAAGCCGUGGACGCUAUGAAUUGUGUUGAUUGGCAUAUCAAGCACUCGGCUUAUGAGAGGAAGAUAUAGAGGUUUUACACUAUAAUCAGUGACUCUAGGUUCAAUAAUGCUCUAAAUACAGAUUCAAGGUCAGAUCAGAGUCACACUUUCAUCAACAGUAGCCUAAGGUUGUGGUGGUUCAUGAAGGCCACGCAAAGAUCUGAGGAGUGCAGUGCUGGCCUGCUGUAGGUGGAGCUGCAUAAGGGAAUGACCUCCCUACUUGCAGAAUCUUCCUUGCUUUCUACGUUGAAAUACUUAACUGCAAAAAAAGUGUCUCUCAAAAUAGCAUCUCUGUUUUACUACGCUCAACUGAGGAAGUCCCAGCAAUGAAAUGUCAGAUAAGGGCUUAAGCACUAUUGCUGGGAUCUGUGUGACUUCAGGCCUGGAUCUGUGCUUGGCAUACCCAGUGAUGUGAUUUUAGCUCAGUGUCACUUCUGUGGUGCUCUGGAAUCCUACAACCCUCUGUUCAGCCAAGAAAGGACUCCAGCUGGUGGGAUGCUGUAGCAGAUGUGGUUGGGCACCAGAGGCUGAGGAACUCCUGGUAGGGAAGGAGCAGAGCAUGGCAGGGCAGUGGCAAUAAGGAAUCGGUGCAAUCCGUGGCAGAGGCAGUGAAUUCUCUGGUGCACUGAGCAAGGUCUUAUUUCAUGGGGUUGCAGAUGAAAGCACUUAUGAUCUCUCAGCUGGCUUUACAAGUUUUGUUUGGUGUGCUUUUAGUUUAAUCUUGGACCUCUGGUUAUCCAAAUCUUGCACACUGAAACGUAGCUGGCAGUACCCUGAAAUAAGAAUAACUUAACUGAGAAAGCAACAGCACUGGUCUGUGGUGAGCCGUGGAUUAACUGUCGUGCAUCUGCUGGAAGAUGUCCUCCCUGUGUCUGGGUAUUUCUGUGCCUUAUAUUUGCUAAAAUUACUCUGUUGUUGGUCUCUGGAAUGCUUGCAGUGACUGUGUGGUGCUGUUUGCUAUUGCAAGGGAAAGCAGUUCAGAGCCAGAUAUUGAAGCUUUUGUUUAUUUGUUUCUCCCAUGAUCACUUCAUAAUACCCAGAAUGAAAAUGAUCAGGAUAAUUUAACAAAUCUUUUUGACCUCUUUCAGUAUAGCAGCUCUCCCUAGGCAGAAUCCAACACGUGCUCAGAGUGCUGUUAAUAUCUGGAGUUUUGUUUUCUUUCUCUGUGGCCGUACAGCAGAACCGGUUGUUCUUUGGCUGUGUUCAUCCUGCCCAAACAGGCACUGGGCUGCAGUCCCCCCGCAUCAUCCGGGUACCGCUGGGCUCUUCAGGCAACGUCUGACCCAGAACAUCACGCUGCAUUCCAGCUGUGGUGGAGGAGACAACGCUCGAGGAGCGUGUUCUGACCUCACCAACACACUGACCUCCACCGGGAGAGAGAUACGGGUUUUACAGCAGUGCAAAAGCAGCCUUGGCACUGCAGCACAGGGCGCCUUCUGCAAUAACCCUCACCCCAUCCACCCGCUGCAGAGCGUACAGACCCAGCCGACCAGGUGUACUUUAUGUGAGAAGAAGAACGUGAGGACUGUAUAUUGUAUUAGCAGCUUUGUGUAUAAAAUGGCAUUUUGGCAAUCAGAGUCUAAUAUAUUUAAAACUUUUUUUUUUAAAGGAUAUUUGAUAUUGUAUGGAGCUGACUUUAUUGUUACUGUAAGUAUGAAGAGAUGGUUUCUUAACGUGUUGAAGCAACGCAUAAAAUCUUAAAUUUUAUGUAAAACUCAUGCCAAAAGGGUAUGUCUGACAGUAUUAGCACUGACCUGCGUCUUUAAUAGAGAUUGAAUUUUUUAAUUUAAAAACAUAUAUAUAUUAAAUUUCUUUUAAUAACA